AUGGGUAGGUUUAUUAUUAAGUUGAUGCCUACCUGCAAAAAAUGUCGAACUUGACUACGUUCGUAGUAAGCUUGAAAGUAUUUGUGAUUUUUUGGACUUUAUUGCCGGUGUGGUUACCUCUUUUGACAGACGACUUUGGAUGGCGCAUUCGUGUGCGGCCAAAUUCGGACUUUGCAUUCCUGACUGCACUUUCGGGAAAACCAACGGUGAGUUAUCAGUUGUGUCAAGGGUAUGAUCGAAUGUGUUUCUUAAUAUAAUUCGGACUAUUUUUUCUAUAUAAGUCAUUUACAAUUGACAACGCGUCUGUCCCAGAAGGCUCCUCAUCCAAUCCCUGCAAAUUGCCGAAUUCGUGUUGGCAAUUACUGAAUGGUGAGAUUUAUUUCGCUGAAGGUGCUUUUUAAGUGGGAAGUAACUCCAAUUCUGUUUCUUGUAUCACUGUCACAAGGCAAAUUCACGGAUUGUAUUUUCACAUUUAGUCCAUUUUUGUUGCCGCAAUAUAUAUCGAGGCGUUAAUUUGCCUUUAAGAUAGACAAUAUGCAAUCCUUGAGUCAGGUGCAGUAUCCGGGACUGGAUCCAUUCUCGUAAAUCCGGUCGACGGCAGCAAGUCCGGUUCUAAGCUAAUCGUCAGGGACACAAACGGGACGGCAAUGGGUACAUCUCUUUUUUUCAACACAAAGUUAUUCGAUUUCCAUGUAUGGUGUUUUCAUAUUGACUUUGAAAAUGAAAAUUACCGGUCCAAUUCGCAGCAAAAUAUAUUAAAUGUAAGGAUAUAUGUAUAAAGUGAAGUUAAUAAAGCGGGCGACUUUAUUGCUCAGUGAAGGUGAACGCAUCCCUUUCGACAGUCAUCUGCUUUUCUUACCUUUGACUCGUUGUCUGUACUCUAGCGCAGACUUUGUAAUAAAAGCCAUUAUGGCCUUCCUUGAAAAUGCAAUUAGCAUCCCUGGCUUGUGGAUCACAAGCACAGCAAGGCAGACACUGUCAGGAAGGAUCAAAAAAGUAAUUGCGUUGCAAGGCAAAAAACGCGAAAUCUGUUAGAAGUUAGAAUUAUACUAUAAGUGAAUUUUCUACUGACGCAAAGAAAUCAAUCAAAACUGUAAAACCAAUUUCUACCUACUUGUCUGUAUUGUUGACAAAUGCUACUUCUUGCGUCUUAAAGUAGACACAUCCCAGCCUAUAGAAAACGAAAUUCACGCUAGAAAUCAGGGUUACGCAUUUUUUGGAAAAGUAUAAUGAUUCAAGUGAAUGAUCCAUUUGCAUAAUAAUAUCGAAUUUCCACGUAGGUCCGAAAUUGCAAAAUAACGCUGGAUCAGUCGAAGUGCUUGAAAUGGACCCCAACAUGAACACCGUCGCAUACAUAUUAUACAGUGAAAACGUUAAGGUAAGGCAUGUGAUUUUACUUAGUUUGUGAAUAUCACCUAAUGACGCUCUGAAAAACUCUCUUGGUUUCUGUGACAUUUAAAUACGCGUACAAUUGAUUGAGCUUUUGUUUUGGUAAUUUUAGAGUACAACAGUCAAUGGGAACAUAGUGUUCACAAAUGAGGCCGGUGGUCAUUCCAAGAAACGGCAGUUAACAGUUCCCUACAGUAAGUCAGAAUUUUAAUCGGAUGUUUGUGAGAGCGGUUAAGCAAAAGUUAGUCCCGGUUAUAUGCUUUGAAAAUUUGUCGAAAUAAUAAACUGGCGUAGUGAUAGACUAAGGAUUUCAACUUAAAAAAUAUAUUUGAUAAUUCCAUUAAUUAACUGUUUUCUACUCCAUAAUAUCAAUAGUUGACGCGGCUUUCAAGGGCAAGGAUGCUCUUUUUCUAACGGGGCACAUCGGCAAUGAAAGUCUGAACUAUGAGAUAAAACUGUCCACAAACGAUACUGCCACGUUUACUGUCGUCCCUAGUGAGAACUUUGCUAUAUUUACGACGAUUCGUGUUUCUUUCAACAGCGCCUCCACCGUGAUUUACAGUAAAAGUUUGAUUCUUAUAUCCUCACUGAUUUUAAUGAAAAUAAACGUUUGAAAGGUGAAAUGUUCACCGAUUCUUUGGCAUUUGUUCAUUUUUAAAAAAUUGUUCAUUAAAAACUAUACAAAAACAUCUCUGUUUUGACUGUGAAGGGGGGGUGAUGACAAAUAACGCAGACUAUAAAAAAAUGCUCGCUUAACUUCCCCUGAGUACUUUGCCGUGGGCGGUGAAAAGAGCGGUGAAAAAAUUGAAAAAAGAUGUUUUAAAAAAAUGCACGCCCACGAUAUGACGUAGAGCAGCCGAGAGUCUUUCUAUUAACUAGGCAUGAAUUAAACUAGGCUUUCGGGUAUAAUAUAAAAGCAAGUAAGCAAUUUGCUUUUAUUUGCUAGAGUAAAGCUUAUGCCCUCAGUAGGAUAGACACAUCUUCCAAAUAAGUUCAAGCACUAAUAAGUAGUAAUGACAACUGGUAUUAGAAGAAUAACCACUAUGCCAAUUUACGCUUACACCUCUGUCGCGUACACCAUGUAAUGUAAUAACAGGGUAGAUGGGAGCUUUAUCGGCCGCGACAACAAAUGGUGUACUUACGAGAGCCCAGUAACAAGUAGAAAUGGAGCAAACACGUGAAUUUUGGCAGUCCUUACUUGCGGAUAUGUCUUUCAUGCCUGACCAAGUCCGGCACGUAGCUUUGUCCAAAGAAUAUAUUUCGGUGGCAUGCUUUUAAGCACGUAACCGCGGGGAUUUCGACCUAAUGACGAUUCUUUUUAAAUGAACCUCUCCCAGCUCUACCCCAGCUGAAGGUUGGCCUUUGGACAGAUUUAAAAAGUAAUUAUAUCCGUGAAUUGCAUAGUGUAUUUUCGUACAAAUUCAGAAUUAUUCCAUUUAGCAGGUAGUUUAAUUUCAAAACAGGCGCUUUCCUAGUGUGAAGAAUGUAAGUGGGAAUUGUAUAUCUCGUUAAUUCCAAAACUCAUUUUGGUCAAAUUGCAGUAAAGAGACCCUUUAAAUUUUCAAGCCCUCACGCUAAUGCGACGGUUUUUCGCUGCAAUAUUAUCUGAAUAAUCCGGCAGACACCAUUUAAAAAGACAUUCUUCCAACACCUAUGAACGCUGAUUGCGUUAUACUAACAGUAAACUAUUUUCGUGAGUGUCACGUAAGUUAAUGAACUUUGUUUAAGACACAACCGCGGGUCCUAGUUCACUGUUACAAAUUCGCCGAGAAUGUUCACACAACUAGUUGGGUAGAGUAGACGUAAAUUAUCUUCCGCCUCCCAACAAUUCAGUCUCACACACUCUGUCGCACCUACGCAACAAUGCAAUCUUUUCGCCCAAACUACCCAUCAGUCAUCGUUUCACGCACUGCGGGCUGGCUUUUUGAAAAUAAUCAGGCAAAAAUUCCCAUCUUCCCACACCUAGGGCGUACUGUUAUAGAGGUGUUGCUUGAGUAUCAACCGAUUCGAGUUCAGACUUAUAGUGUGCAGCCAUUGGUUGGGAUAUCAGUGGCUGAUGACUUCGUUUAAGUCAUAAAUAGCUGGUAUUGUUUACUAGUCUACAUGUUACUGCUUGUGUGAACUAUAAACUCACAGUUCUCAUGAAAAUGGGCAGUCAUCCCACGCGUAAUUUAGUAUUUUGCAAAUCAUUUACAUUCUCGUCAUCUAUUAAUUUGUAUCCUGAUUAGGUGAAUAGAGAAAAUUGUGCCGAAAACCUUGAAGUGAUACUUUUACAAUAAAGCGUGUUUCUCGUUCUCUAGCUCCCAUUUGAGAAAGACUCUCAUGUUCCCUACAUUCGCCUGAUCUUGACCUGCAUUCAGUUAAUUCAAAUAUGGGCUGAACCGACAAGCAACGUUUAAAAACCUGUGAGUGGUGGAAAAAAUCUGGAAAACAAGAACCACAGGAAAUUAAAAAUUUUCUGAUAGCCUGGAUAAUGGCGUGUAGGCUGGAGGAACUUGACACAUUUUUUUAAUAAAUUGCACACGUGAUGUAGAUUUGCUGGAAGGCGUCACAGCUUCAAAAAAUAAGAAAUACACGGAUGAGUCAAUGCCCUUGAAGUAACUGCAAACAGUCGAUAAUAUUUUUGCUUGUGAUGCUGGAAUUUGAAUGAAUGGUGUUAUGUCUGAAAUAUUCGGGUGAAAAAUCUCUCGUGGAAUCAACAUUUCACGAAAUACCGAUAUGCCAACAUGGUACGCCGGGAAAAUUUCAUGCGUUAAUAGGAUGUGUUGUGACUGUUCUGUUAAUAUCUAAUUUUAGAAGUAAAUGUCGGGUUGCGUUUGACUGUGAAAAACCAUAUCAAUUGCUAACAUUUAAUGCGAUACUUCUGUCAUCCUCACUUCCUUAUAUGCCUGUUCCACUCUCAAUUAUUGAUGAACGCAAAAUUCACCCGUGAUUCACAUAAUACGGCGGUUCCAGUGCAGUAUACCGAACAGAGUAAUACUGCUGAAAGAAACCCGAGCGUAAUUGCGGUCUGAAUAUAAUCAUCUUAAUAGUAGCAAUUUUGCAAGCUCAUCAUUUUUCCGCUCGAAUCUCAAUUUAUUAUACUUAAUUUGCUUCUAACGAUUUCAUUGAAGGAAACUGGUUGGGUUUCGCACUUUUGGAAUUUUGUGCGGAGCAAAUCAUUCAUGAUCUAACGCACUUCUACUUAACGGGCAUAGGUGUCUGCAUUCAGCCGCAUCUACUUUUCUAGGAUUCGUUUUUACUUAAAUUUGGUUUUGGUCAAUGCCGCGUACAUUUACUCCUACAUAAAUUAGGUGAUCCUUUCUCUUAACAUAUUAGUGUUAACACAUACCGGGAUAUAGUCCAAAAAAUCACUAAUAUGGAGUUUUGGAUAAUUCACGAAUAUUUGACACAGUAAUUCAAUUCAACAGUGCAAUUCAGACGAAUGGAAAAGAAUAUGCGCAUCCCAGGUUCUUGUUUAAAACAAGACGAAGGCAAGAUCACUGGGACGGUAGAUUUAUUGCAAUUCAACUACGGACACAGAGAUAGCAGUCAGCACCUAACGACUAUGAUGGCUGCACUAAAAAUCCUCUGGGCCAACAUGAUUCAUUUCCAAGUCAAGAGGACAAACAGUGAACGAAACGAGGCAACGACCCUCUUAUUGCAGCAUAAUAUGUAAGUGUAUCCAUUAAUUAGCCCAGUUGUCAUUCAUGGCUCUCCAAUUAUACAUCUGUCUCAUCCUCUUCGGGUCUUUUGUCUUCUGUUAAUUCUAAAGUGGCUUAUUCCUGGGGUACUUCGUCUGUAGAAAGUUAAAAUUUCAAAAUAAAAUUCCUUCGUAUCCGAUGGUUUUGAAUCAAUGAAAGGAAACCCUUGAGAGUUUUGCGCUGGAGCCAAGUGUUCGGUAUUGUCUAAUUCUGAGCCACUUGUGUUUUGCCGGUCAUUCACUUGGCGCCUAGAUUCUGCUUAAAAGGAUCAUUAAAAAAUGCUUGAUCCUCCGUCUUGCUGCUACAACCUUAAGGAUGUGCAAAUUGUGAACAAGCGAUUGUCCAAAUAAGGCAGCUAUGAUUCCUGCAUACUGGAUAUUUGUGCUGCAUCAGACAAUAGAGUGUUAAUCUGUGGAAGCAGUGCGAUUGACUUUCCUUUGUUGUAGACGCUUAAGUGUGCAAGACCUGCUACAAUCUGAUCACAGCCCCCAUCCUUCCACUGAUGAAUAGGAAAUUACUAGUGACAGAAGAAGAAGAAAUGUAGUCAUUUAUGACUGCGUCCACAACUUCAGUCAACUUAAAAAUUAAAUGUACUUCUGAAUAACCCGUAUAUAUGUUCUCUGGAAAGUAAUCCCCGUGAUGGAUUUAUUCAUCCAGAGAAUAAACUGUGUUUCAAAUAUACUUUGUACUUGCACAACUUUCGCCGUGUAUGUGACCGUUAGAAUGGCUAUUGCCUGCAUUCCUGUCGCUAUACAGUGAGUGACUGAUCCCAUUAUAUGUUGGCCGAAAUUUUGAAUCGCGUUGUCGAUUAGGAAGGAUUAGAUAGGCCCGGCUGUAAAACUGACUAUCUUGCGGCAUAAUCCUAUAAUGCUGCAGACUCAGCAGUAUGUCAGUUUUUGAAUGCAUUGUUUUUCAAUCUCCUGUAACAGCCGUAUUUAAUACAAAAUGACUACUAAAUUUGCAUGCAUUUUUCUCAUUAAUUUUCGAUGGUUUUAUAAAUUCAAAUAUAUUUUAUAGAAAUAACGACCAAAAAUAUGCCUUAUUUCAAUCGUUUGAUGUACAACCACGUCAUCUUUAUAUUUAGUGCUUGGAGAAGGACUAUAAUAUGGUUUCAAAUAAGUUUCCUAAUUCCCGAAUAAUUUGGGGUCUGAUCAGUCGCAGCAUUAGCCCUUACUGAUUUUGAUCUACAAGAUGCAUGCGUUCCGCGUGAAGGAAAUCACAUAUUCUUCUAUGCCUUUAAAAACAUACCAUAUAGAGUCUUUCAAAAUUUGCAGUGGAUGCGGACCAUGUUGUACAUUUCAUGAGGAGCAAUGGUAAACGGGCAGGUAGGAUGCUGCAUGAAUAGACAUCGAACGGUCUUAAAAAUCUCAUAAUUACAAACUUUUGAAGACCUAAUUAUACUCCUUCUUCAAGCAUAAAAUAUAAAGAUGAUAGGAUUCUCUAUCAAACGAUUGAAAAAGACAUAUUCUUUCGUGUUUUCUAUUAAAUAUAUUUGAAUUUAUAAGACCAUCGAAAAUCAGUGAGAAGAAUGCAUGCGAAUUUAGUAGUCAUUUCGUACCAAGUACGGCUAUUACAGAAAAUUACAAAGCAGUGUUUUCAAAAGCUAACAUCCUGCCGAGUCUGCAGCAUUGUAGGAUUAUGCGCAAGCUAAUCAGUAUCACGACCGCGCCUAAGUAAUUCUUCCUAAUCGAAAACGCAAUUCAGAAUUUCGGCCAAAAUAUCAUGAGAUCGGUCACUCACUAUAUAUAUGUAUAUAUAUGGACAGUAUUUUAUUACCGUUAAAGACUAGGGAGACUGAAAUGGCUAUUUCUGGCUUAUUAGCCGUCGUUAGCCAGUCAUACCCAACCCCGAAGUGUGGAACACCUGUGGCUCAUACUCGCGACCUGUUAGAAAGAAGUCCAACGCCUCUAACCACUGGGCCACGGGCCCGUUGUCCUGACGGUUUCAAUCGGAAAUAUGCGAUGGUAGAGGGGCGCUCAUCGAUCGUUCUUGCGGAGCUCACUUAUUCCGUUGUGCCCUACGGGGUUGGGUAUGACUAGCUGACGACGGCUAAUAAGCCAAAAGCGGCUAUUCCUGUCUCUCUUGUCUUUGUCGGUAAUACAAUUCUGCCUAUAUCAUGUGCCGCUGUGCGGCUGCUGUUUGGGCUGCAGAGAGCCCAUAAGGCACAACGGAACGAGUGAGUUCCGUAAGAACGAUCGGUGAGCGCCCUCCACCACUGUAUAUUCCCGAUCGAAAACCGACAGGGCAACGGGCUCGUGGCUCAUCGGUUAGAGGCGUGGACUUCUAACUAACAGGUCGCGAGUUCGAGCCUCGGGUGGUCCCUACUUCGGGGUUGGGUAUGACUGGCUGACGACAGCUAAUAAACCAAAAGCGGCUGUUCCGGUCUCUCUUGUCUUUGUCGGUAAUACCAUUCUGCCUAUAUCAUGCGCCGCUCUGCGGCUGCUGGUUAGGCUCGAAAGAGAGUCCGUAAGGCACAGUGAGACGAGUGAGCUCCGUAAAAGCGAACAAUGAGCGCCCCUCUACCAACUUCAUCAUCCGCUGCACGCGGGCACGCCCAUAGCCAACAAGCGGAGGAGAGGCAUCAUCAAUUGGGCACUUGCUACCGUAUGUGUCUAAAACAACAAAUCGCACUGCGUAGGCAUCGUCCGGCAGGCACUUUGCCCACCAUUCCCAUGCACAUAAAGGACCGUCUCGACGCAAAUGAGCGAUAGAGUGUAGAAUACCAAAUUUCCUGCCAGGACUGUCUUUGGCAUUAUAAAGGCCAAGCAGGACGACACCUUGGCGGGCCUUUCGGAGUGGAUACCUACUGUCUCAAGUUGCCACCCACAUGCUGGAAGGAGGUCACGAGUUCGAUUUUGCGUGCACGCGGAUGCCAGCGCGCGCGUGCAACAAGAUGGGGCGAAAACUGUUAAGGCGUAGGUGUCAGACAACAGCUCUAUCAAUAGAGACGUUAAUUUACCUCCGUGUUAUACCAUGUGCUACGCCCACUUCCACGCCGGAAAAGCCUCCCGUCACCACGCCGUGAGACCACUUUGAACAAGACACAGCCACGGACACUACCCCCCUUCCCUCACUCCUCCCCGGCCCGAUGUUCACCUACACAAAUGUCCACUCGUUGUGCAUUCAUGCCUCCUGUGCGAGCUCGAAAAUUCAGAUUAAUAAACUUACCAUUCCAGCUGCCGCUCCUUCGUCAUAUUCUAAAUAAGAUCUUUUUAUACCGCUGCAGCUUCCAGAUAGCACAAAAUAUCCUCCUUGCUAUAAUUUCAUAAUCACGAAUUUCAGUAACGGCACAACACCAUAGUUUAUGGGGUUUGUUUUUCACGAGAGCUGGAUGAGUUACUCUUACCAAGGCAGGGCCGCGCGCGUCAUCUCUCCUGUGUCGCGGAGUUGUUAAUAUACCUAGAUUUCUGCCAAGGUUCUUAAUUUCAAUUCGAAAAUACUACAAUUUUCCGAUUUUCGAGCACAGGCUUUUGCCUCUUUCUUCAAGUCUAUCUCUUUAAUUUCCGACUCCUUUCGGCCGGCUUGUUAUCAGGGUUAAAGCGUCUAGCUUGUGCGCAUUUUUUGAGAAUCAGCGUGCGUUCUGGCUACAGCUAACAGACCGCUUUUCAACCUGCAACGAAAUACAGUUUUUUUGACCCCACCAUAAGUUUCUUUCAAACUGCUUUCAUCCCGCCCACCAUCUAUAGAAGCUGCGUUGUGUUCUUGAACACUACCAGAGCAUUCGUCUCAUUGAAUGGGAAGGACGAUGACUGACUGUUCCUCCAGAGUGAAGUAAUUUCUUUCCCUCGCGUGACACUGGCGGAGAUGAUGAGGAUAUCUAGUCCCUCAAGCGGGUGCUAGGCUUUUGUCCUGACAUGUACGAUGUGCUAGUCAUCACAUGGUCUCGCCUUUUGAGCGUAUUUAGCACUCGCGCAUUCAGUUCAGAGGGCAGUCAUGCGCAAGUGUUCACGAAUCCUUCAGUUGUCUCCACGCAGCUCGACAGCUCGACCGUCGUCGAAGGUCUCUACGUAAACAUCAGACUGAAAAUAUACAAAUUGGCCAUUUUGACGGUUUUGUUGGAUGGCACGGAAACCCCAACAGUCAACGAGGAAUAAGCGCGGAAACUCAAUCACUUCCACCUCAGUUGUCUCCGCCGGAUACUAAGACUGGGGUGACAAGACGGGAUUCCGGAAACAGAAGUUUUGGAACGGGCUGGCCUCCUCGGUAUCCAUGUCAUGUUGAGGCAACUGCAACUUCGAUGGAGCGGUCAUCUCGUAAGGACCGCCUGCCAAAACAGCUCUUCUCUGGAGACGUCGCCAUGGGUGCUCGCCGACAAGGAGAUCGAACCUACUGCUACAAGGACACCUUAAAGAAUCCUUUGAAGCGGCCAAAAAUCAACCUGAAGACUUGGGGAGACUUUACACAGGAUCACUUGGUCUGGAGAAUGGCAGUGAAGACGUGAGCAGCCAUCUUCCAAACAGAUCGCAGUUGCCAAAGCCAAAAGAGGAACCCGCAAGUCUCAGGCGCCCCUGACUCCCAACGUCAACUCUCCACUCUUCCCAACGUGGUAACGAACAGUCCAUGCGCGGAUCGGCCUUGGCGCACAUAUCCGGGGUCGGACGACCCAACCACUGUCUCUCUUGCUCUUUCUGGCCCAACCCUCACCGCGGCCACUACGAUAACCACAACCGACAAUCGCAAAUGAGGACGAUGGAGGUAAAAGGAGUGCAGUAUUUUCCGUGAUGCAUUGUCACGCAACCACGUGUCUGCUAUCACUAACAGCCUCCGCAUUCGUUGUGGUGGGAGGGGCUGCGUUUUAUGCGAUGGUUGUGUGUUAGUCCGCAUCCGAGUCGUUAAUUGCCGAAAUUGUGCGACCGCUGUGGAUUCUUGGCUUGAUAAAUGCUCCAGAAUUUGGCUCACAGUCACGGGCCGACAAACACUUCCUUGUUAGCUCAGCAGACGAGGGAAAUUUCACUGUUGUAUAUGGACAGUGCAGACUUCCCUCAGAAUGCUAAAUGCUCUGGGAAGAAUCGGAAUUUCUCUGUCCCAUGUCAAACGAGGACGCAAAAACGCCGACAUUUGAAACCAAUACGACGUUUUCGCCAAUGAACAACUCAGGUGCAAUGUCAUCAAUCGAGCGACGCGUGGCGAGGGUUCAGGCAACGGCCUUGGUCCGAUUCUAUUGUCUACUAAAAGCGCACAGAUAGGGCGUUCCUUCCCGAUUCAUUCUAACUUACGGACUGACAAUGUGGCUGUUUCAGUAUCCUGCAUUCAUGGCCACUGAUCGAGAUACCACAGUCAGUUCGUCAAAACAACCCUUGGAAAACAUAAGAGGGUAAGUCGCCUGCCAAACUGCAUCGAGAUAUCUUUGGUGUCACGUCCCUUCUAACUUCUCAUUACACGGAAUCUGGCGGUCGAGAUCAUUUCAUUGCUCUUACAUUACAGAUACGAUCAGACGGGUAAUCCCCUCACGCACGCCUAGAUCCUCCAAAUCCUGAAAUCCUCUCUCAAGACGUACCCAACCUUCGACGGAACAAUCUACGAGUAGGUGGGAGGCACGUCAGUGGGUCCGCCGAUUUCGGGACUCAUAGUUGAGGCGGUUCUACAACGGUCGAGUUCGCUGGUCUACCGGCAUCACAGAUCGAAAUUCUGACGCCUUUGUCGUCAUCAAACAAAAGUAGAUGUUGACAUUUCAACAACGUCUAAAUAAGGUCUUCCUGAACGUACUAUUUACGAUGGAAGAGGAAGAGGACAACCAGCUAACAUACCUUGAUGUGCCGGUCUACGGCAGAGAUUGUGAUGGCCUAGAAAUCAAAAUGUUCCGAAAAGCGCCAGAAACAACACAAGUCCUGCGCUUCAGUAGUAACUACUCAAGCAAUCAAAAGAGCGGUUGUGUAAGGGCAUUAUAUUGGUGUGUUGUGAAACGUUACAGUGGACUAGAAGAGGUCGCUGAAUUAAGGCAUCUUUUACGGGUGCUUUGGGGAGAAUGGCAACCCGCGCAACUUCGUCAACCACUGCAUAAUCAAACGGGACGAGAGACCUAAUACAAUCUUCUUUUAAUUUUUGGCGAGCGCUCCUAUACAUCAAUAACGUUUCAGAAUUCAUCAGCCGCCUGCUCAAGCCAUUUGGAGUUGGAGUUGCACGCAGACCAGAAGCAACUAUCAUGUGUCAAGUCAUGAGGUCUAAAAAGUUAGAGCCGCUGCAGGAAACGUCUAGAGUCUUUCAAUCAUUCAGUUGCGGAAAAACCAACCGCGUCGGAGAAAUUAAGGAAUUACUCCGAAUGCAAGUGGCCGAACAUUUGCCAGCUUUGGGUAUGAAGGAUGUUAUUUUCCGACCUCUUGUUGUUUGUAUCAUCAGUAUCGUGGUUACCAGUUAAUCAUCAUACGUUACGACUUCCCACAAUAAUAUUCUGUGCCGCGACAUUGCCUGGUAAAUAUAAUUAGUCAUUUGGGAUGGCGCAGGUGGCCGAACUUUCCAGAGGUCUCUUAUGGGCUGGCCGGUUAUGUCUCUGUCAUGAUGGCGGUGAACUGCCUCUACGGCUAUAUUAUCUGAGCCAGCAGGCGAUGAACCUAAAAUCAGACGUGAACUGACUGUACUGAGUACCAUAUCUGAAAAAAAUGCCCUUGCAAUGUAAUAAUGCGAAGAAAAAAAUACAAGUUAUUUCUAUUUUUAUAUGUUGAUACCAGUAAUACACAACUGUUAUUAGGCAUAAUCAGCCGAUCGAUUUAUUUUAGGAAAUUAACUGAUGACGAUCGAUGUGGGAUUUAAUUAAUUAUAGGGUCAGCAAGAAUAUACAAACGGCUGUUUAGUUAAAGAGUUCAGUAGGAACUGUCGCAGCCGUUAAUCGUUGUCAGAGAGUUCAAAAUGUGCGAAUUGACAAGUGUCGCACACUCACGUAGAGCGAGGACAGAGCGAGAGUGAAACAGAGACAGCGCAGUCGAGAAGGAGGGGCUAAAGAGUAUCAUGCACAUUUUCGCACAGAAAUCUAAUAACGAGUCCAUUAUCGAAAAACUGCUUUCAGACUCCAGUCAACAUACUGUUCAAAGCUAAUUUUGUGCAUACCAAGGGCAUCCAACAAGCACCCGCAAAAGCCGUGUUAAGAGCCAGAAUAAUUAUGAGUUUAAUACUGAGAAAGCAAACGCAUCAUACCUUAAUAAAUUAUCUGAUAUGCUGAGUCACCCAGGAAGCACCGAGCCGUACUACCUUUGGAAUAGUGCAUUCAACUUUCUGUGUAAUAGCAGGUAUUAAUAAUUUGUCAUUCAUCUGCCUUAGGACCAACGACAUCGACUACAUGCAUAUGACACGAAACAUUUUUCAUCCCAGUUCAGUCAAGCGAACACAUACUGUUCAAUCGAAAUUAACUCACUUGCGAAAGAAAAUACAAGAAGUCCUAGGAUUUAAUUACUGUAACCUGUCCUUAGCCUAUGCAACAAUUUCUCUUAACAGAUCUGUUUGUACGAGCGAACCUGUCCGCUCGACGGUACUUUUUAUCAUCCAAUACCUUUAUUUCCUCUUUCAGUACCAAGUUCUAAGCCCACAACCGACGUUAACAACCAACACGGCCUCAAUAGCAAUCAAUUCGUCUAAUUUUUCACCUCGUUUUCGCAACCAGCUGCGUCCCCCCACCCUCCCCCCCUUGUAAUCUUGUUGGGACUUAACCUCCUCCUAUCCGUUUUUCUCCCACUUCUGUACCUCUUUGUCACCUCGAUUGUUAUUAUAUUAGUAUCCUAUUCGGAAUGUAUACUUUUAUUGUUCGAUGUGUGACGUCUGCGUGCCGAUCAUUGAGACACUUAUUACUCAGUUUCCGUAGGUUGUCACAUAUUUAAUGGCGACGUUUCUCGAUUUUUUUCCAUUUUUUCUCUCCCACCGCCCCUUUUUUCGACUUCAUAUUUUCCGUUCGGUACCCCAUUAAACCCGCAUUUUUUAUAUGUCCGUACCGACUAGACCGCGCUUCCACGAUGCCUAACACUCGAUCAACCUCCGAUGCCCAUUCCCUUAACAUCGCCCAACUAACCGCCGCAUUAGGCAAUCUGCUCACACGUACAUUCCCGGUGGCCCUGGAUUCCCUUAGACAGCUUCUUGAACUGACGAGUGCAGGCCGAGCGCUACUUAGUACACUUACCGGCCGACCAACGAAUGGACCAUAUUACGGGCCUCUUAGGUCUAACGGCUAAACGUUGGUUCAAUUAUCUGUGAGCACCACCUUCUACAACCCUCAGCAACCUAUGGACGACCCUGGAAAGCCUUUUUGGUGCCCAGGAACCCCUGAUCGCCCUCCAUCAUCACUUUUGCCUCCGCAGAAAACAGCUCGGGGAAAAUGUGGACUCCUACCUAGACGCCCUCUUAAGACACGGCAGCAGGGUCUUCCCAGUCUCCCACGUCUCCGAACAGGUCUUCUUACGUUUCGUGGGCGGUCUCUGCUCAGAAGACAUAAAACGGGAUUUUCGCAUCCGACCCCCUACAGACUUCCUCACAGUCCUACAAACGACAAUGAUAUUUGAGUCUGCCCCACCACAACAAGAACCUCGCCGUGCUCCCAAUAUUCCCCAGGGGCAACGCACAGUAUCCCUCCCUUGCGGUCAACAAUCUGAAUGACUGCUGGUACUGUCAGCAGUUCAAUUAUCAUGCUCGCAAGUGCGCUCACAACAAAUCCCCUGGUAAGACACCUCUUACUUUCUUGCCCUCUAUUUCCUCCUCACUACCCACAGAUCUCCCGCUGACGGUCACUGGCACAAUUUAUGAAACACCUGCAACCAUACUCAUUGACAUUGGUGCCAUUCGGUCUGUUCUGCCGUCUCCCCAUAUCCUCAUUACGCACUCCCCUCCCUCAGACAUUCAGUUAGUCACGGCUGAUGGUUCACCCCUGCGUUGCACUGGCACACAGCAAGUAUCCAUUGUCCUCCCCAACUGCACUGCCGUACAUCCCAUACUAGUUUCCCCGGACAUAGCAGUUGACGCCAUUGUCGGGUUCGACUUUCUCCGAGCUCACCAGCUUAUCAUCGACCCCAACAACUUUGCCGUAGUUCUGCGUUCCAGAUCAGCUAUCUCCAACAUCUUCGUGGAUGUCAGCACGCUAGACACUACUCCACCUAACUAG